AUCAGCAUGAAGUAGUCAGGUUUUACUGUGCAGACAGGAAGCAGUUGUCCAGUAGCACGAAGCUAGCCGCAGCGAAACCAACACAUUCCACGUGUUAUGAUGGAGGCAGACAGGCAAAAUAAAGAAGCGGCAGUGAGCAACAGCCCAAAGAUGGAGAGGAAACAAAGAGGGAAAUUUGUUUCAUUAAGCAAGCAGGAUGCUAAAAUUGUGCUGGAAACAUACAUAAAACGAAGCUUAAGCAACCGUGAAUCAAAAAGCAAAGAGUAUAAGAAGGAAAGAAAGGUGAAAAGGUCAGUCAGUGAUGUCACCAGGUUCAAAAAUAGAGUAAGUAAACUUAAGACCACUUCGGUACCUGAACCUGAAGUACAGGAAGUGGAGAAGAAAGACAGUGAGACCCAAGCCAAAACAGUAAAAAAACAAUCAUGGUUCAAGAGUUUUCUAAAUCAGCUAUUUAAAAAAGAAGAGAACAUUUCUGAUCAAACUGUGUCUGUGGUCAGUAAAGUAGGCCAAGUCUCAGCGACCUCUACUGCUGAAGGACAUUCAGAUCAGACUACAAAAAAAAACAGCUUUGGAAAAGCUAAAAUCCGAAAAGCACUUUCUUUUAAGAAGAAUAAUGUAGAUGAAAAGCUGAAAAGACCCACCAAUCUUCCAUUGAAGCGUAUCGCUAGACCACUACCACUUCAACAAUGUGAGAAGAAUGAAGAUAGCUAUUAUGAACAAGUAUCUGAAGAGAUUGAGCUACUUGUGAAAGAAACUGAAAACCUGGAACUUGGUGGAAGAAAGCAAAGCUUGAGUGGAGAUUUAGAUACAGACGAAACUAUGAUUAAGAAGAUUGUUGCCAUUCUUCAAAAGGAAGGUGAUGCCUAUGACAGAAAGAUUAAAGAAGACCCUGCCCUGAACAACUUUUUCAAAGAUAUUUCCUACAAUUCAUUCAAGCAGCUUGCCGACGUCUAUGUAGAUCAAGGGAUCAAAAGGAGAGAACCAGAUGUAACUGAGGAUAUGAAAUUUGCAUUCUCUGUUCACUUUACAAAACAAGUUGUGGGACUCUCUACUCACCCAGUAAACAGGAUCAUGGGCUUUGGUACCAAAUAUCUUCAGGACACUCUUACAUGGCUUUCGUACAGUAGAGAAAAUCUGACUCUCACUGCUGAUCCAGAAGAAUGCCUCAGCCCUGACUGAGAACAGCACUUACCGCCCUGAUGCUGGCACACGGCGACUUCUUUAUAUGUGAUAUAAUCAUUAUAUUCUAUGUAAUACUACUGCUGGAUCAGUAUAAGGAUUUUAGAUUGUAAAUAUUCCAAAAUAAACUAAAGUUGUUGGGUAUUUAAUUUUUUUUUGUGUGGAAGACCUGGCAAAUGUUGAUAUGUUAAGAAUUAUUACAUUCCACUAAUUACAAAUCCCUUUGCACGUGGAAAACAUGUAAAACUGUAUGAUGUCAUUUGUUUUUCAAAUUUAAGUGACAUCAACAGUCUUUCAUAUGGAACUUCAACUUCUCCCUUUUCUCUGAUUUCACACUGCAUGCCUCUUUUGCUAUGUUGUGGAUCAGCUGACCUACUUCCCAUCUUCCUAUGAGCUUGUUCACCUGAUAUCUAUCUGAAGUGUCUUUCCGGCAUUAAGGGGUUGUCUGAAUUUUAAAGAAAUGGCCAAUGAGCAGGAAAUAGCAUUAAAGGGCAUCUACCAGCAGAUUUGAACUUAUGAAA